CGCGGCGCGUCCCCCCCCUUCCCCUGGGCUGGUGCUGCCCCUCGGCCGCCACGGAGCCCGCAGCCGCACCGCCCGGCCGGUGCUCUGCGCGCUGCUCUCCUCUCGCCUCUGCCGCGCUCGUUUGUUUUAAUUUUUUAAUUUUUUUUUUUUUUUUUUUUCCGCCCUCCUCCCCUCCCAUCUUUUGGGCGCUUCCCCUCUGGCCCGCCCGCCCGGCGGGCUGCCUCCGCGGGCGCGCAGCGCGGGGCCAUGCCGCCGGGGCCGCCGCUGCUUCGGGGCUCCCUCCUCCUCCUCCUCCUGCACUUCCUCGGCGCCCCGGCCCGCGGAGCCGUCUACACCAACCAUUUCUUGGUGGAGCUGCACGACGGGGGCCGGGCGGAGGCCGAGCGGGUGGCGGCGGAGCACGGCUUCGGCGGGGUGCGGAAGCUCCCUUUUUUAGAAUCUGGAUACUUUUUUUAUCACAAUGGUCUUGCUAAAGCCAGGAGAAGACGCAGCCUUCAACACAAGCUUCGUCUGGAAAAGGACUCCAGGGUGAGGAAAGCUGUGCAACAGGAGGGCUUCAUCAGGAGGAAGCGAGGAUAUAGAGACAUCAAUGACAUUGACAUCAACAUGAAUGAUCCUUUAUUUACAAAGCAGUGGUACCUGAUUAACACUGGUCAAGCAGAUGGGACUCCUGGACUUGACCUUAAUGUAGCUGAAGCAUGGGAGCUGGGAUACACAGGGAAGGGAGUAACCAUAGGAAUUAUGGAUGAUGGAAUUGAUUAUCUGCAUCCAGAUCUUGCAUCAAACUACAAUGCCAAAGCCAGUUAUGACUUCAGCAGCAAUGAUCCCUUCCCCUAUCCCCGCUAUACAGAUGACUGGUUUAACAGCCACGGGACAAGGUGUGCAGGAGAGGUGUCUGCUGCUGCCAACAACAACAUCUGCGGCGUGGGAGUUGCGUACAACUCCAAAGUGGCAGGUAUUCGAAUGCUCGACCAGCCGUUUAUGACAGACAUCAUCGAGGCUUCCUCCAUCAGUCAUAUGCCUCAAGUCAUAGACAUAUAUAGUGCCAGCUGGGGACCAACUGAUAAUGGGAAGACUGUGGAUGGACCUAGAGAAUUAACUCUGCAAGCAAUGGCAGAUGGUGUGAAUAAGGGCCGGGGUGGAAAAGGCAGCAUCUAUGUCUGGGCCUCUGGAGAUGGAGGCAGCUAUGAUGACUGUAACUGUGAUGGCUAUGCAUCCAGCAUGUGGACAAUCUCCAUCAAUUCUGCCAUAAACGAUGGACGGACAGCUCUGUAUGAUGAAAGCUGCUCUUCAACCUUAGCCUCCACCUUUAGUAAUGGCAGGAAGAGAAAUCCGGAGGCUGGCGUGGCUACAACAGAUUUGUACGGCAACUGCACCCUGCGUCAUUCGGGCACGUCUGCAGCCGCCCCUGAAGCAGCCGGAGUGUUCGCCCUGGCCCUGGAGGCUAACUCACAUCUGACAUGGAGAGACAUGCAGCAUCUGACAGUGCUCACCUCCAAGAGGAACCAGCUCCACGAUGAGGUUCACAGGUGGCGGAGGAAUGGCGUGGGGCUGGAGUUCAACCAUUUGUUUGGCUACGGUGUCCUGGAUGCAGGAGCAAUGGUUAAGAUGGCAAAAGACUGGAAGACUGUUCCUGAGAGAUUCCAUUGUGUUGGGGGGUCAAUACAGGAACCUGAAAAGAUACCAGCAAGUGGCAAACUGUUCCUCACACUGACAACUGAUGCGUGUGAGGGGAAGGAGAACUUUGUCCGGUACCUUGAGCACGUCCAGGCAGUCAUAACUGUGAAUUCCACUCGGCGGGGAGACCUCAACAUCAACAUGACCUCACCAAUGGGAACAAAGUCCAUUUUGCUGAGCCGGCGCCCCAGGGAUGAUGACUCCAAGGUGGGUUUUGACAAAUGGCCUUUCAUGACGACUCACACUUGGGGAGAAGACCCCCGAGGCACCUGGGCUCUGGAGAUUGGGUUUGUUGGCAGCCAGCCCCAGCGGGGUGUGCUGAAGGAGUGGACACUGAUGCUGCACGGGACUCAGAGCGCACCGUAUAUAGACCAAAUCGUAAAAGAUUAUCAGUCCAAACUGGCCAUGUCCAAGAAGGAAGAGCUGGAAGAAGAGUUGGAUGAAGCAGUGGAGAGAAGCCUGAAGAGUAUACUGAGCAAGAACUAGUGCUGUGUUGCAUGACGGUGUCUUUCCUUCCCCAGACCCCUCUACUCACCGUUCUACUAUCCAAACCUCUGUGUUAGACGUAUUACAAUGAUUGUCUCUGUAGACAAAUUAUCACCCUUUCUUGAUUUUAAAGUCUUAUAUCUUGUCUAUAAUUAUUUUAAUUGCCACUGAAGCAGUCCAUUUUUUAAUCUCUAAACCACAAAAUAUACUCCUACCAAAUACUAUGUACAGUUUGUGACUGUAAAUGAUGAUUUUUUCUUUUGUGUCAGACAAAUAGGUAAUAACCUGCAAAGAAGCUAAUGGCUUUUCCCUUCAUAUUUCUGUGGAAAAUGUUUGUAUUAAAAGAAGAGUGAAUUUUAACACUG